GGCGCGCGCUACUCUGUGCGCUCCGUUACUCUGUGACUCCGUUAGAGCGCGAGCGAAGGGAUGGCAGCGGCGACGGUGCAGUCAAUGGCCAACCUGCCGAGCGGCAUCGGGAUCUGCACCACUGCGCCGGAGAUCUUCUACCUCCCCGAACUGAUAUUCGGUGGCUUGGUAUGGAUCCUGGUGGCCUCAACUUAUGUGCAGCCGGAGAACCCUCAGGGCUGGGUGAUGUUCGUCUCCGUGUUCUGUUUUGUCAUGACCUUCUUGUGGCUCAUUAUUUUCGCCUGUGGAGCACAUAAGAACAAAGGAGCCUGGGCCACUGCGGACUUUGUGUACCACCUCCUGGCAGCUAUGUUCUAUCUCAGUGCUUCGGUUCCUCUCGCCACCAUCACACUCAACAUGAAGAACAACACCAUGGUCUUUCCAGUGGACAGGUUCAGAUAUUAUCAAAUCGACAUCGCAGCAGUGGUCUUCUCCUACACUGCUACACUGUUCUACUUUGUUCACUGUAUUCUGUCUGCCAUCAGAUGGAAAUCGUUCUGAACAAACGCCAUGCCGUCUUGGUCUCCUCACUCCCUCACCUCUCUGAUCUGAUCCUUUCUUUCAGAUGAGUUUAGAUCAUUCUAAUCACAGAUUAUAGUUUAACAUAAUCAUUGUUUUAUGUAAAUUAAUUCUGUAUUAUAUUAACACAAAACGUUUUAUUUGGAAAUAAAAAAAAAAGAAAAAUUUUAUAAGAAAGUAAAAGACAUGGAUUAAAAAAAAAUCUUUGUACCUGAGAAGAAAUUAAUUUUUAUAUCAUUUUGACAGACUUUGGAGUAAGUAACAUGAUUUAAUAAAAGUUAUAUGCGUCUCUUUCUCUCUGUUUGUGUGUGCUUGUUUGUGUGUUUCACAACAAAGUCCCUGGUGUUGAUUUAACACUUACAGAAUGGAUUCGAGUCCAGCUAGAGCUCUAUAAAUACUUGUAAGGUCUUCAUUCUAGAGGUCGACAUAUUGUUUUUCUUCGUCCAUCUGAUU